AUAACCACAUUUUACUUCGCCUUCCACUCGAUGCUCCUUCUCUUCACUGCUAUCUUUCUUUCUUUCUUUCAAGAUUUAUAUCCCCUCUUAGUUUCAGCAAAUUCUAUUCCGGUUCAAGCAAUGGUAGAAGUUACUCACAACUUCGAGAUCACGUACUCGAUCUUUAAGGACAAGUUGGUCGAGGCUCUUCUCAAAGCCAAAGGCUUCUUCCCCCACGUCCUCUCGCCAGGCGUCAUGUGUGCUGACAUCCAGGAGAAGACCUCUAUCGAAGGCAGACUGCAGAGGACGGUGAGGGACACGGUUAAAGCGAACCAGGAGCCCUUCCUCUACAACCACUCGACCGUCGAACGCGAUGAGCUGGGAAACAUCUCCAAGGAAAUCAGCCAUGAGGUGACGAUCAAAGCGUCCUCUUGCUCGGUCUGUACGUAUGCGGGCAGGUAUUUCAACAUCGGCGAAGUGGACAUCACCGAGGAGGAGAUUAUCAAGGCCAUGAGAGAGAAGGCGUCCGUGAUGUUCGGGGCCAUCCAGGCUUAUUCGGCCCGGAAGUGAGGUUCGAAUCGUGAGGUUCGCGGCCGUUCAGGAUAUUUGAGUACUGUUCUUGUCUUGUCGUCGAGGGACUGUGAGGGUCUUGUCCUUUCCGCGAGUAUGAUGGUUCUGGGAAAAGUUUCGUAAAAUCGCUCUGCUUGCUUCGUUCGCAGGCCUAUAUGAAGUGUUGUCGUAGUAGAAUUUCGUCCGAUGUGGCCCUCAAUUGAGUGACUCGUAGCGUGCGGUCCCUGAUUUUUUUCUUUUUUUCCUUUGCUUUUGUGCUUAUGGUCUAUCUCAAUAGAUGCGUGUGCCCCCCUUUGAGUUUCAUGAUUACAUAAAGCUUCCAGCCGUAUCA